GUAGUGGAAGGCUGUUGGAUUCUAGCGGAGUUACUGACUUCUUAGCUACAGACUGCACAGUAAUCAGAGAACGGGAGACGAGCAAUUUGAGAGGAAGAAGGAGGGAGAGAGAAACAGAGAGGACGUGGAGGAGGAAAAGAGUAAAAGGAACAGCAGGAGUAUAAUGUAGAAGGAAGAGGGGGAAAAGACAGAGGAGAAGCUGAGAAAGAAGCAUCAAUCCAAAAGCCUAUGGGAAAAGCUCCAAAUCCAAGGAUCAGAACUCCACACUGAACAAAAUGUUGAAAUCAGGAAAGCAUCCAAACAAAGAGGAGUGGAGAAGCAGGUAGAAAAACCAGGGAAGGAAAGUUGGAGAAAGACUAACAGCCAAGAAAAUUCUGGAGAGCUAAGUGGAAAACCAACAGAAGAGAUGGUCAAGGGGAGGGAGCAAUUUCUGGAGAUUUAACCCAAACUGGAUGGGAUGUAGGCAACUCCUUCUUUGCCUUUCUCUCAUAACUAUAUUUGCAGCUCUCAAAUGGGAUAUAGCUAACCACAGACCAGGUGUCUACUCUAUAAAGACUGCUACCAUGACUGCUGCCACUGUGCACCAAGCCUGAACACUGCUGUCUUUUCCUGUGUGUCCACACACUUUCACACACAGCGCCUAUAAACCCUGACCUCUGUUGUGGGAGGUACCUCAUGAUAAAACGAGUCAUGGGCAGCAUCAGGGUAAACAGGUACAGUAUUGUUUCCACUGAAGAAGAUGGACAUAAAGUCUCUUCCCUUGGCAGCAUUGAUGGGCACAAUCGGAAUGGGAAAGGUCACGUUCCACGACGGAAACGGCGCAACCGUUUUGUUAAGAAGAAUGGCCAGUGCAACGUUUACUUUGCCAACCUAAGCAACAAGUCCCAGCGCUACAUGGCUGACAUCUUCACAACAUGCGUGGACACCCGUUGGCGGUACAUGCUCAUGAUUUUUUCCGCAACCUUUUUGGUAUCUUGGUUGUUUUUUGGUCUCCUCUUCUGGAUAAUUGCGUUCUUUCAUGGUGACUUGGAAGCUCCCAGUACAGGAAGUGGGCCCACCACUACAAAACUCUGCAUCAAACAUGUCAAUGGAUUCGUGGGAGCUUUCCUUUUUUCAGUAGAAACACAGACAACCAUUGGAUAUGGUUUCCGAUACGUGACUGAGGAAUGCCCAUUAGCCAUUAUGGUGGUGGUGGUACAAUCCAUUGUGGGCUGUGUUAUUGACUCCUUCAUGAUUGGCACCAUAAUGGCUAAGAUGGCACGCCCCAAGAAAAGGGCCCAGACUCUCCUUUUCAGUCAUCAUGCCGUCAUCUCUUUGCGGGAUGGUAAAUUGUGCCUUAUGUGGCGGGUAGGAAAUCUGAGGAGAAGCCAUAUUGUAGAAGCUCAUGUUCGGGCCCAGCUUAUCAAGGCCUACAUGACAGCUGAAGGUGAGUAUCUUCCAUUAGACCAACGGGAUCUUAAUGUGGGGUAUGACAUAGGCCUGGACCGCAUCUUCUUAGUAUCUCCCAUUAUUAUUGUCCAUGAGAUCGAUGAGGAAAGUCCACUCUAUGGAAUGGGCAAGGAAGAACUGGAGAGGGAGGACUUUGAAAUAGUUGUCAUCCUUGAAGGCAUGGUGGAAGCUACAGCCAUGACCACCCAGGCUCGCAGCUCCUACUUGUCUAGUGAAAUCCUCUGGGGGCACCGCUUUGAGCCUGUGGUCUUUGAGGAGAAGAAACAUUAUAAGGUGGACUAUUCGCGCUUUCACAAGACCUAUGAGGUGGCUGGAACCCCUUUCUGCUCUGCACGGGAGCUGCAGGAGAGCAAGAUCACUAUCCUACCUUCACCCCCACCACCUCCCAGUGCCUUCUGCUAUGAGAAUGAGUUGGCUCUCGUCAGCCAAGAUGAAGAUGAGGAUGACUUGGAUGUAAGAGGAGAUUUGAGAGAAAGCCCUAAGGAGGAUGCAGGAGUCAUACCUAUGAUGGAGUUCGGAAGCCAUAUGGAUUUGGAUCGAUUGCAAGCAUCCAUCCCUCUGGAUACACUUUCAUACCACAGGGAAUCAGCCAUCUAAUCUCCAUUCUAGCUUUUCAUCUCACAUAUAUUCUCCAAAGUUUCCUUAUCCAUUUAGACCCAGUGUUUGAUUGGAAAACCUAUGGUACUUCUCUUAAAACACUGAACACAUGCAGACAGAACACUUCUCUGGUGAUGGAGGGUUCGGGUUUCAGGCUAUAAGGUUAAAGAAAUUGGUUUUUAAACCCUUGAACCCUGAAAAUUCAGGCUGUUUCUCCUCAUCCCAAUAGUUCUUUUGUGGCUUGGAACUGUGAGAAGACAGCAAUAGCCACAACACUCUGGAAUCACACAGGAAAUAUUCUGUUUCAGCUGCCAACAGCAAUGGGACUGAUGGUCACAAAGGUGAUUGACACCUGCUGCAGGACCAGGAAAGUUGCAGACAUCAACCAGAUGAGGUUGGACUGGAAAAUCAGGUGGUUCACAGGGACAGUGAAAUAUAUGAUGUGGGAUAUAAUUUGCUUAUGUAUUAUUUGUUGCAUCCUUAAAAUGCUACAUCAAGAGAGAAUAAUAACCUUAACUUUCAGCGCUCUCAUAUAUUUACAGUUGAUCUUUCUCAUUUUUGUAUUGUCGAAGGCUUUCACGGCCGGAUUCAGCUGGUUGUGGUGGGUUUUCCAGGCUGGGUGCCG